AUGCCAGAGAGUGGUGAGUCGAGAGGGACAGCUCCGGCUGCUCCGAUCGUUGCGAAAGCUUCAGCUGCACCCCCCAUGGAGCCACCGAUGACCGGCACCCCCGAGACCAAGAACAGGGCAAAGCUUGCAAUUGUGGCUUCGCCAGCGGAUGCUCGCAGCCCCGACCCAAAGCGGACCAAGUGUGACGGCUCUGCUGGGACGGCGAGUGAUGCCCCGUACAAGCCCAAGCUGAUGAGCAUCAAGAGUUUCAUGGCCGAAGCUGUGGAUGCACACGUUGCAGCUUUUUACUUUUGGCAUCGUGACGAAGGUGCGACCCUCAUGGAGCCUCCGUCCGUGGGCCUGGAGAACAUGCUCACUUGGAUGAAGUGUGAUUUCCCGGGCGAGGCCAUGAGUGAUAUGGUGCUCGGCGAGAACCGGAUGUUGAUCGAGGGUGUGCUGGAGGCCCAGCUGAGUGUCCGGAACAGCAUGAAUAGUGUCUUCAUGCUGGACAAGCUGGCUGGAGAUGAGGAUCGGCUGGAAGCUACAGCCAACAAAAUGAAAAGGUGUUUGAAUGAGUAUCCGCAGGACGACCCCGUGGUUCUUCGCAAGCUACAGCUGACUGACCGUUGGCUCGAGGAGGCGAAGCAGAACUCUGUCUUGGAGAAGCAGAAGAUCAGCGAGAUGCUGAGGCAAGAUCAAGUGGCUGCCUCCUGGGCAGUUUCCCAGCUGUUUGUCUUUGGACUUUUCAAGAAUGGCAAUAUGGCUGCAAAGCUGACGGAGAUGGUGCAGCUUUGGAUGGAGAUGGAUGCGGCUCAGCUCGAAGCUCUUCGCAUCGAGAAUACAUCAGCACUUCAGCUGCUCGCCACUCCUCAAAAGGGAAAGCUGCCUGGGCCUGUUGUGGAGCCACUCGCUGAAGGGAACGUGUUGACACCCACCGAACCCUGCGACACCCAAAAGACGAGUGUCGAGGACACCCAGGAGGAGGUGGGCGCCUACAACCCCGAGGUCCCUGGGAAUGCAAGCUAA